AUGGGGGCCAUGGAAGACCCCACCUGCUCUGUCUUCUGGUCUUCACAUUGCACAGGAGGGUUGGAUGCAGCAGAAUCCAAGGAGUAUUCUCAUUUUCCUGAUGGGAAAUACGUAGUGUGCUUCGACCCACUGGACGGAUCUUCCAACAUUGACUGCCUGGCCUCCAUCAGAACCAUAUUCGCCAUCUACAGAAAGACCACAGAGGACGAGCCUUCUGAAAAGGACGCCCUGCAGCCUGGCCGCAGUAUCACGGCCGCGGGUCAUGCGCUGUAUGGCAGUGCCACCCUGGUGGCUCUUUCCACAGGGCAAGGAGUGGACCUCUUCGUGCUUGACCCGGUAGGUACAGAAUACGGUGGCAGCGGGCCCGGGCAUGGUGGCUGUGGCAGAGGCUGUCCUGGAGACCCGAUGCGAUGA